AUUCACGUAAACGGGGGCAGCGCUUCGACUAGACCCCCCUUUAUCUGUGUAAAUAUUUGAAAGGGAGUCUCAUUGCUCGAAACAUCUGUGUGUUGAGUGUUUGAGGUAACUAACUUAUCAUCAUCAUGAACUUGUUUUCGGCGAUUCACUGUGUGGUGCUCAUCUCGCUGUGUGGAACUCUGUCAAAGCACCGAGCCAACGCGGGCAUAUGCUGGCUGCAGCAGGGCCAAGAACAGCGCUGUGACAUGGUGCUGAUUCGAGGUGUGAGCAGGGAGGAGUGCUGCGCCGGAGGCCGUUUGGACACGGCCUGGUCCAACACCAGCCUGCCCAUCAACGAGGUCAGUCUACUGGGCUUCCUGGGCAUCGUGUCCUGCAAACCCUGCAAAGAGACAUGUGAAGGGGUCAAGUGUGGCUCGGGGAAGGUGUGUAGGAUGAAGGGCGGCCGUCCUCAGUGCAUCUGCUCGCCAGACUGUUCCAACAUCUCCAGAAAGCAUGCUGUCUGUGGGAGCGAUGGCACCACAUAUAAAGACGAGUGUGCCCUCCUGAUGUCCCGCUGUAGAGGCCACCCUGACCUCGAGAUCAUGUACCAAGGAGAGUGUAAAAAGUCAUGCUCCAAUGUAGUGUGCCCGGGCACCCACACCUGUGUGACAGACCAGACCAACAGUGCGCACUGUGUGAUGUGCCGCACGGCUCAGUGCCCGAUGCCGAUGCUCAGUGGUCAAACCAUCUGCGGCAACAAUAACAUCACCUACCCAAGUGCCUGCCAUUUGCGCCGUGCCACCUGCUUCUUCGGACGUUCCAUAGGAGUGCGCCAUUACGGCCACUGCAGGAGUAAGGACUAAACACCUGUGGAUUAAACACCUUCCAUAUACGGUAAAGAAGGUAGUGAGGAGAAUUUGCUCUUUUAGGGAUCUUGGCUUUGCAUGAGACCAGCUUGUACAUCCGAUGACAGCACAGUUUAUGUGAGCGAGUUGUAACCUCCUGGCAGAGUCAUCCGUUCUGUUAAAUGAAGCGCUAGGUGCAUGCAGUACAUGCACCUCUCUUGCUCUCUGGUAUGGUAUUUUAACAAACGAAAGAUUUGAAGAGAUAAACUGUUGUUCAAUUUGGACCUGACCAUGUGCAUACUGUAAAUACAUUACUGCUUUUAUUUAUUGGAGAAAUCUGCUUCUCCAAACAUUUUUUUUUAUUUAUAGUUCUUUUCGUUUGAGCUGCAUAUUCCCAGAUCGACUGCCUUCAAAUUGAUAUUUAUUGUGUUUUCAUGUACAGACCAGUUAGAGUAUAAUACUAGCUCAUGUAAAAAAAAAUUAGGUCACACUUUAAUGUAAUGAAAUGCUAUGCCUUGCUAUACGGCUAACUCCAAAGAUAAAUCAUAUUCUAGCAUUAAAAUUUCUAUUACAAAGCUGUCCCUAAAUGUUUUCGAGAAAUAUCCACAGAUGUGCCUCUUUCAGAAAGCCAUGCACCAGGAGAGGUAGCAUUAUUACACACUCUGGAGACUAUUUAUUACAGAAAUAAAGCCAAAGAGGAGUGUGUGUGCUGUUUGAGUUCUGCUCCCUCACGUCUGGAGGUUAAAGAGUUUGCAGACAUAGAACCAGAGGUUCCAGGCCUGAUUCUAUGCCACAAACAUGAAGCAAGCUGCCUGCUGAGCAAUGAAAUUUCCAGCUAUAGUCUAAUGGCAUUGUUUUUUUGGGUUUUUUGUUUGUUUGUUUGUUUUUUUAUGAGCAGGCUGGAUCAGUCCAAAAAAUGUUCAGUCCAUUGUACUGUUUUAUGGUUCUGCCGUUAUUGUUGCAUGAGUGUGCACAUUUGUGAAGUACUUGAGUGCAUUAUUUUCGUAAUGCGAACCAUUUUUUUUUUUUUUUUUUUUUUUUUUUGAACAAUGAUAUUUAGUGAACCACUACAUAAGUACUUUGGUAAUCUGUUAUGUUUUGGGAAUAAGUGACAGGAGAGUGAUAUAGGCCUACUCAUUAAAAAAAUUUAUGAACCACACAUAUAUCCUUGUAAAUAUAUUUUUCUUUUUGCAAUCUUUGUGUAUCUACUGUGAGAUUUCUUAAUGUAUCGACUUAUUUUUGUAUUUUAAAACUGACAUUUUAACUCUGAUUAAAAGAGACUUCCUGA